AGCAUUAAUAAAGAGAAUAGACUUAAAUAAGGCCGACGAGAAUUAGUGAAAGUUAUUUUCUAAAUAUUUGUUGAAUUACAAAGGAACAGAUCAGUUGGGAAGAAAAAGCCAAAAUAAUAGCACAUUUAUUUCAAGCAAAAUUAUCUUCUGAAUUUAUAGCAGAUUUCCAUCAGCAAAAUUAAAUUUCCAGUUAACUUCGAAAAUUUAUUUUGAAAAAAUUGCCUCGAUUGAUCGAAGGUUUUGUCAUUUUCAAAAAUUCCAGAAGUAAUCAAGUCCCAGAUUUCGCAUCUGUUGAAUUCCUUGUCAAAAAUACUGAAUUAUUAAAAAUCAAUUUCAUUUUAUACGAUCUUGAGAUCGAUAAAAUUGACCAGUUGUUCAACUAAUUUAGUUGAUUGCCUUCGAAAAAAUUGCUAACUUUAUCCGAUCAGUUAUGGAAAUGCAGAUGCUUGACGAGAUGUUACGAGAGAGCCACUUCAAGUCUUUCCCCCACAUUUAUCAGCCUCUCAGGGCGCCCACAGCCCCCCAGAUGGUGAACCCGGCCGCUAUGGUCAACCCUGCUGCAUACCUUCAGGCCCAGGGCUACAACCCGUCAUCAUUCCAACGUUACGAUGACUAUCUCGGCCUGUCUCAACUUCUGACAAAUGUCAAACUUGCUGACAGUCACGACGACGUAUUCUCUGACAAAGCGCCUUCGCCGCCCACUCAGAGCACAGACAUCUACAGCGAGUUCGACCGAAUCUUCGCCGACGCCAGAACCUCAUCGUCAGCCUCGCCUCCUAUGCAGCACAUGCACAGUCCCUCAAACUACAGAUCCCGGUCGAGAAUCAGCAGCUACGGGUCGGUGGGAUCCGCCUGCGACAGCAACACGAGCGCCGAAACACCUGUGAACAGUUCGGGUCGAGUGCCUCCGAGUGUCCAACUCGCACGGAAACUAAAUGCCAAGAGACUCUGUGUGUUCUGCAAGAACAACGGUGAAGUCGAGAGUGUCUAUGCUUCGCACAUCUUGAAAGACGACGACGGAAGGGUUUUGUGUCCAAUCCUCCGAGCCUACACCUGUCCUAUCUGCGGUGACUCAGGCGAUACCGCACAUACGAUCAAGUAUUGCCCACAGAACACUGGCCAAACGAGUCCGAGCCAGGACAUGACUCCUACAAAGCAAAACCAGCAGAUGAUUUCAACUGUGAACUCAAGCGCAAUGCAGAUGAAUAACCAGCAGUGUCCUCCUCCUGCACCAUCGUAUGCCUCGAUUCCCUCUACGUUCGCUGCCUCCAAUCACAUGGUCAAUGUUUCCGGGGUGACUUUUGCCAACAAAGUUGCCAUGUCACAACAACAACAACAGCAGCAGCAAUCUCAGAUCCCGCAGCACAUGGGCAAAAUGGUGACCCAGUCGGCAGCAGGAGUCCCAAGAUGUUUGGAAUCGUCGGCAGUUUCAUCCUCUGUGAUGUGCGGUUCCUCAGGAGCGGCUCAGGUGUACAACAAUAUGACGUCACAUCAUCAUGCUCCUCAACAUCAUCAAAUUCUGUCGUCUGUUAAUUCGCAUCCGCAGCAAAUCAUGUCCGCCAAUGUAAGUGCCAGUAAACACACCCACAACCACAACCAACAUCAACAUCAGCCCCAGCUGAACAAGUACUGACAACCAUCGCUUUGACAACAAGCAGUGUCAAAAAACUGCAAACGUUCCAAAUGUUCAAUUUCUCAAUUCAGCUCAUUUAAUUUUAUAUCAGUGUUUUUAUAGAAUUCUUACGCAAUUUGUACGCACUCCAAGACGGGGUCAGACCACUACGGGUUUCGGGUGCUAAAAUUGUUACUAUAAUUAUUGAACGGCGGGCGGAAUUGAACUUGUGCUUUUGGUGAUAUGAUUUGUUCUCAGCUGAUCUGAGCUUUUCCAAUCAAAACUCAUCUAAUGUGCAACCCCAUUGCCAAAUUUCUUGCAUAGCUGUUGAACCGGCCCAAAAAUCAGGCAAUAUUUCUGUUUUACUAUCUUAUGUUUCUGGCAGACAAAAUCAAAAAUUUGCCCAAGUGGUUAAACCGCGAUUGUUCCGAUGAGACUUUUUGUAAACUUGUAACUGGACUGAAAAGUUCCGUCGCUUCUCGUGUUGUGAAUGUCGCUUUAAUCUACAUUGCCUAUUUUAUUUUUUCAUCAAAAUCGUAUUCUUCCUAACACUUUCUACCACCUGUGUUUUCCUUUCUCUCCUGUCACUAGUUUGGGGGAGCAGUUUAGUUUGAUAAUGAUUUGAUGCUAGUGACAUAUGCAAUAACCUGCCUAUUAUCCACGAGUUUUUUUCAUUUCGUUUGAGCGGAAAUUCACUCGUAGAAUAAUUUUCAAAUCAAUUCUCGUGCUAUUAUUUUAUAGAUUAUUGGUUCUUCCUUUCUAUUCAAUCAACCAGUGACAAAGUAUUAACAUCAUAUGAAAGAAUGCAGUUAAAUUGGCGCUUUUAAAGUGACUUUUUGUCGAUAUGUUGGAUGCGAAACUGAGUUACAUGAUGACUAUCUUAACAUCAGGAACAACGGGUGAAAACUGAAACGUCUUAACUUUUGACCAGCAGAUUAAAUUUCGAUCUACUGUGAAAAUCAUUGCGACUGCAGUACAUGUUGAACUACCUGUGAAGUUAGCUUUUGUGAAGUGAAUGAAGCUAAAUGUGAAAUGCAAAAUGUCAUAAUCCGAGAAUAUGUCUUGUGAACAAAUUUUCCGAAUACUCAAUUCGUGGGAAUCUGUCGUGACUUGUCGUGUAAUGUGUUGUAUGUCCACGUGCUUAGUUCCUGUUCCUCCCAGCAAAAUCAAUUUCAUGCAUUCGAUUCAUUAUUCUAUUUUAUUCAAUCAUUUUUUGUAAUUUCCAAUUAGCAUAUUUUAACCUAUUCAUUCUCCUUCUAUUCUCUCUGAAACCGCCUAAAAUUAAUCAUAUCUAGUAUAAAAUUUCUUAACUACGGAAUCAACUCGGAACAAAUUCUCGAAAACAUUUUUAGCCUUGAAAACUAUUCGUUACUACUUUUUGUGGAAAAGGUUUCGUCAAACGAGCUUUUCUACGAGCUGAGAAACUGCGUUGAUUCCUCGAAUGAAAAUUCUUGCAUCAGAGAGAUAGAGCAAAAAAAAACAACUAAAAAGCCAUUAUAAUUUAUUCAAUUCAGUAUUUGUAAAGCAAGUGAAAACAUUAUCAUGGAUAUUAAAUGUAGAUUUUGUAAAAGCAAAGUUAUUUCAACAAAUUCUUCAGUUAGCAAUUCAAAUAACUUCCGUCA